AGUUGCUGAGCGCAUUAUUCAUUGUGAAGUUUCUCAGAGCUCAUCGCUGAACAGAAACCAUGGGAGCUCACACACUUAUUCUUUACACAUGGGUGAGUGAAUGGUUUUUGUAUUCCUUUAUUGUAAAUGAGUGAAAAUUUUUAUUCUCUUUACAUGGGUGAGUGAAUAUGUGUUUUUCUUUAUGUGUAGUUGAGUGAACAUUUACAUUCUCUAUACGUGGCUGAGUGAGCAUUAACUAUUUUUUCCUCCUUUGCCGCCAUCAUGCAUCAACCAUUCCUCCGAUUAGCUUCUUGAUAAAUACUUCCAGUUAUUAUUUAAAACAAUUUUCAAAAAUCCAUAUUACAUUUAUACUUAACCAAUCCAUUGCUGUCUGUGCCCUCCUCAAAGUACAAUCAUACCAAUCAUAGUUUGAAAAACAAAACCAAUUCCACCAAUGGUCUUAUUGUAUUUUGCUUCUAUACAUUAAAAGUGUCUUAAAAUCUCCUGAAGAGCUAUUCUUUAACCUACAGUUCAAGUUGUUACUGAUCGGUGCGACUAUCCAAGCAUCGACCAACCAGCUUGAUCUCAUCAGACAGUUCAUGAAAACGACGCAGGUCAAAGAAGUGCGACCUCUGACCCCGGACGACUUUUCGUCGUCGGAGCUUCCACCUUUCGCCCGCCUGACCCGCAUUCGCGAGUCCGCGACAUCCACAAACGUCACGGCCAUCAAACCUUUGUCCAGUUCGACCAAAACGUCGCCAGCUGCGAACACGACAACCCCGGCGCGCCCACCCACAGACCCCCGGGACGCCUGCAAGGGGUGCCCCGCUGGACAAGCGUGUCAGAUGUUCGUGCCCCCGUGUUGGCGGGGGCCCCCAGGGUGUGCGCGGCUCAUCCCCGACCCUGAGCUCAACUGUGCUGGCUUCGUGUGCACUCCUGUGGCCCUGUGUUCAAUCCCGUAGCUAUAAAUAGAGAUCGUAUAGUAUUUUUUAAAAAAAAAUACAGCGUCUUAAUAAAGUAAAUAAAACGUAUGAUUCAAUAGACCUACAUUUUUAUUAUACUCUCACGAGUUUCUCCAACUUAGUCUAGGUUUUUUGUUGUUGUUUUUUUUACUGGUAUCAGUUUUAGCAUUAUAACAAGAAUUCGUUUUACCCUACAUCCGGAGUAUACACAAGUGAUUAUUUAAACCAUUAACUUUUGUUUUGGAAAGUAAUUAAACAUUGUUGCUUGAUUACAAGGAUGAAGAAAUCAGAUUUUUCAAGUUUUAAGAGCCGUUCACUUCCUUGGAGCAAGCGUACCGAUAUCUAUUUUGUGUCGAAUCAUUGUCAAAUAGUUUAACAUGAGAAAAUUACCAACAUGUUUAUAUUAAUUUUAGAGAGACAAGGAACAGAAUGAAUGUAUUCCUUUUAGUCAAAUCGUCUAAGGGACCUAACUGUUGAUCCUCAUCACUUCACUGGAUAUUUAUAAAUAUGAAUUAAAUUUUUAAUACAUUU